GACCCUUUCAGUGCGUCAGAAUGGAACGGUUGUAGCUCUGAAGAUGUCGCGCCAAACAGAACCCCUGCAAAAAGUCUUCCAAGACAAACAUGGUGGCGAAAACUAACCCAGGACCAAGAUGACAGUGUACAUCAAAAAAGAACAUCUCAUGCAUUUUUCCCAACAUACAUGGGUCCGAAAAUCACUGGGCUGACAUAGAAAAUCGAAAAUCAUUGGACUCAUCCGACUACCACCGUCCGUGGAUUCGGGGCGAACGUAAAUGCAGGUUUGCCGUAAAACGGGUCUACGCAAAGGACCAGUGCUGAGCGCAGCCUAGAGGAGAGGAGGAGGGAGAGAGACAUGUUGCUACAGAAAACUAGCAUCUUCAUCGGAGAACCAUGGAGAACGCGGCCCCAGCAAAGCACGGCUUAAUCUCCGCCAACACAUUAAUUGAAUGGGAAUUACAGAUAAUCGCGGAGGUAAGCCACCAGGACCACCUACGAACCACCAUUUAAGAGGAGAAAAACGCAAAUUAGACCCCAAGUCAAUGAAUGUUGUGGCAGAGAAGCCCCCACGGUGGAGUCGGCCGGUGAAGAAGCGCGUUCCCAAAAUAUGACCAGGGGUGCUUGGACGUGUCGGCAGCAAGAAGACGGCUUCAAAAUCUGGCUAGAACCCCGCGAGAACGAAAAGCCAUUUACCGACUCGGAGAGGGCUCAGAGAUGGCGACUGUCCUUGGCGUCGCUCUUGUUUCUAACCAUUCUGCUAUCUGAUCACUUGUGGUUUUGCGCCGAGGCGAAAUUGACAAGGACCCGUGAUAAGUUUUCAUUGACGAACAUGGGCGCCUACCCAUUUGCAAAACCCAUCCUUUCAUCUAACCAACAUUUAGCACACAGCAGCCUCAGAAAAAACGAAGAUGCUAUUUUUAUAGGGAAUUCUACCAAACCUUUGUGGCGACUUGAAACUUGCCACCACGAUAGUUUAUCUAAAAACUGCUUUACUUUUGAUGACGCCGACCAUUUGUGCAAGGGCCUUUCGGUAAAAGAAGGGACUCGGACUUUAAAUAUAAGUGAUUUGUACCUUUCGUUUUGUAAUUCUUAUUCUCUCUUGGAUUUGUUUUACGGGUCUACGAGUCCGGACAAUUUGAACUGCAGUCUUGACGUGCUUAUUGAUGGCGAUAUGGCGAGGUGCAGCCUGUGCGUCCAGGCGUACCAACGCUACGACCAACACGCCCUGGAGAAAUACGAGGAAUUUGAGCAUAUGACUCAGAGAUAUGAAACGGAUGCAUAUUCAGUGAGGACAUGCAUGGAUGAAUGCAAGGAUGCCUACAAACCUUGGCUGUGUGCGCAGUACUUCCCAACCACCCAAAGGCAUUGUCAGAGGACAGUACCAUGUCUCCAAUACUGCCUGGAGGUUCAGCAAAGGUGUCCCUUCAUCCUGCCGGACAACGAUGAUCUCAUCCAUGGUGGAAGCCCCAGCUUCAUUUGUACAGGUCUGCUAGGGAGUCAUGGGCAGCCCAACAGCCAGGCAGAGUGCUGCGAUGUCCGGUGGGACACCAAGCCGGACAACCGUUCCCGUGGGACACUGAAAAGGACUCCAACACCCUCCUGCCAUCAACAGCAGGGGGCGUCGACAUCAGUCACCUCGGCCGCCACGCCCACCAGACUGUGCAGCAGUAGUGGCCGGCUGAAGCUGUGCCUGCUGGUCCUCGUGCUCCUGCACACCGUGGUCACCAUCACCACCGCCUCCCACAAUUCCACCGGGGUUGUUGGAGUGGCCGCCAUUUUUCCCCUAGAGGAAAACACCCCCAGCGAAGAAUAAUGGGAAAACAUGGCUGAAAAAAAAACUCUCCCUCUGGGUAUUAUCUGGGAAUGAGUGAGAUGCUAAACUGGUUUUGACCGGCUGUGACCGGUUCUUACUGCUGUGUCUCCUUUCAGAAAAAAAGCCCUGGAAGGUCCCUAGUAUGUGCUGUCAAAGCCUCAUUGGGCUACGUGAAGUGAGAAGGAUUUGCCAGGAGCAAAGGAUUCUGGGUAUUGUAGUUAUGUCGAGAGGCGAAGACAUGGAAAGGGCCAACACAACACAGCCCAAAGGAUCAACAUCCUCUCAACGUGUCCCUUGAAACUUCAGUUCAAGGGACACUGUUUCAAUCUCUUGUUUCAUCAGGAUGUACAAUAUAUCGUUUUCGCUCUCCUCGUUCAGUUGUUUGUGGAGUUUGUGGAAUGUGAAUGGGUUGUCUUAGAGCAUAUAAGAGGCAGAGAAUUGUCAAAAAGGUGUCGCCAACCUCUGUGUUUUUUAUCCGCGGCUCUUUUCACCCGUAACAUUUAGCUGAUUUCAAGGUGCCAUCUAAUUGAUAUGCUAAUAAUACUCCAAACUCAAGCACUCACACAGACAGAGUGACCAUUUAUAGAUACCUCCUGUCCACUUGUGACCAUACUAUUCUGGCAGAGACAUUGAAGAGAUCAAUCUCAACUGGGUUCUCUUAUAGCAGGACAUAUGACAGUUCAGGUCAGAUGUAGAAAUAGACCACCUUUUCAACACGCUUGCGCAGGUCUGGACCGUAUUGCCCUGGCUUGGAUAAUCUUUUUUUACACAGUUUCACUUUUCCGGCAAAUAUGCUGCAUGUGUAACCAGGCCAGAACAGUACAGCUCAGCCCUGCUCAUCUUAGCUUGGCUCAGUAGUGUGAUUAGGGUAGCAGUGGAAGCAGAGACGAUAGAGAAAGACAUCCAACUUUUUUCAGAUCAUGGAAUGGCUGCUUCAGUCUAGUUAUAUGCCCCAGGGCGAAACAUUUCACUGGCAAAUGUUUUCUUGCCAUGAUGGGGCAGGUAAGAUAAACAAGAAGGGAACCAUAAGUAGACCAGAGCAGAGUGUUUCCUGUCAUGCGAAAGAGGGAAUGUACACUUACACAGUAAACAGCAUGAGUCAUUUUUUUUUUGUUUAGUUCAUUCACCAUCUUUGGUGGAGAUCUCCUCAUGUGGAUUCAAAACAUUCCCACCAAUGUGCUUCAGCGAACCUCAGUGUACAUGUUGUUUUAUCCAGUAAGCUUCUCUCUCAUUAUCUUGUGUCCAUGUAUUUUUUUGUAUGUGAUGGGCCAGAAUGGAAAACCGAAUCAGAGAAAUUUAACUUACCUCAAAUUAAUUUUCUUGUUGGUUUAGACUCUGUUUUUCUAAAGCAUUACAUCCUAGAGCCAUAUGUUUGGCUUAUAUAUUUGAUUUAUAUAUGUCUGAAUAUAAGGCUCUGGUAUGUUGUUUUAAAUUAUUAAUAGUUGCUUUUCUUCAGACCAUUAGGGAGGUGUUUAAGGGGAAGACAGUGAACACAGCGAUACAAAAUAUAUCUCCUACUUGGGGGAUCAAUAAUAAAGAUUUUUCCAAAAAUCAACCAUUCCCAGACCUGGGUUCCAAACCAAUUGGAUAUUCCCGAAAUUCUCAUUGGAAAUCCGGCCCAGCUGGAAUCUGUGAAAAGACUCUGUCAGAGGCUCAACACGUUUGACAGAAUGUGGAGACUGUCUUAUCCCAGGUCAGAUCAUACCUACAUACCAUACCUCUACAUACCAUUUGACCUUGUUAUCUUUACGACCCGGAUAAUCACCUGUACAGUAUCUUUACCCAGAGUUAAGGGCUUAGCAAGUUGGUGUUUGUUUGGGGGGGAGUUUUCAAGGGCUGACUCCAUACUGUAUUUUCCUCUGUUGGUGUGACUGCUGCUAAACUGUACUCAUUAACCAUUAACACGGCAUAUGAGGGAAGAAAGCUGAUUGACCCCUUGACCUUGACAUCUCUGUUCUAUCCUUCCUGUUCAACUGAGUAGUGGAUAUGGUGACACAUUAGUUGUUCUAAGAGUACAUAUUUGCUGUACCUCUGGAAUGACUCUGAAGUCCACUGUACUCUGGCAUGCCGACAUUACUCUGUUUCCCUUAGAUACAGAUUUUCAACAGUUAUGUAUUUUUCAUAGUAAUGGUUAAGUUGUAAGGGGAGGGAAACCUGAUCUUAGAUCUGUCUCCAGGGUUAAUUGGAAAGCUGAACAUAGCUAUGCUUUGUGUGUUUUGCCUUCUCAAAUACACUGUCACCUCCAGAUUUACUGGCACCCUUGAUCAAGAUGAGCAAAAAACCUAUCAAUUAAAUAAUAUAAAUACUGAGCAAUGGUGUAUGCGCCAAACAAUUUAUAUAUUUUUUAUGCUAAUGAAAAUGUCCUGAGAAAGUAAAAAAAAAAGACAUUUGCUGUGAUCAUUUGCUGUGUGUGCUUGAGAUUAUUUUUGUGGCCAAUUUCCAGUCUCGUAAUGAAGGUAACCAGGGUUUAGGCUAAAAUGGAUUGGUGAUUAGUUUAUUGUCCUGUAGUCCCAAAAACCUAAGAUCAACCACCAUAUAACAAACUUCCUAUUGUGUAUUAAGUGUUCUGUUUUAAUGUUUUCUGACCAUAGAAAACAGAACUUUCUUGAAGCAGUUCAAGGUCUAUCCAAUGUGCUUCAGCCCCUUGUCAUUUGAGUGAAAGCUACCCCAUUGACAAGGUGCACUGAGAAAGAAGACUGGCCUACCUUGUGUUACAUUGCAGGGAAAGCAGAGGUUCUUGAAUGCUACUUUCAGAACUACCAGUUGAAAUCAUACAUGCAUUAAAAACUACAAGCUGAAACUUUGAGAAUGUGUUUUUAAAAGAAACGGCUUAAUGAACUUGCAUUCGAGUAUAACAAAAUUAUUAUUGGAGUGAUAGACAAAUUGCUAAUUGGAGUAACAGGCCAACUAAAGGGUUUUGUACUUCUGUGUGCAUUAUACGGUUAAUAAAAAGGUAGAUGUGUGGUCGUGUAAUGUAACUCAUUCCAUGGAUGCUUUAGCUGAUUAGCAACUUGGCAACUACUUAAAGAUGCAGUCCAGGACCUUUCCAAAUGUUUUUAAUCAACCAUAUUGGGCUGUUUCUACAAUCAUGAUCAUACAUCACAUAAUCAUUACAUUCCAAGCUGGAUAGCAAGUGUUUUAGAUGACAUGGGUCACAUAGUCCUCACCCUCUUGGACUUUGCACAUUUUAUCGUGUUACAACAUAAAAUCAAAUCGAUGUGCCACUGAUCAACACAAAAAAGUCCAUAAUGUGAAAAUAAAAUAUGGAAAUUGUCCCACUUAAGUCAAUGUUUGGUAGAGGCACAGUAGGAAUUCAUAUGAUAAUUCCACAGGCACCUUUGGCAGCAUUUACAGCCAUGAGUCUAUUUGAAUAAGUCUCUACAAGCUUUUCAAAUCUCUUGAAAUAUUCUCCAUUGGUCCAGGCUUUAACUGGGCCUCUCCGAGAUAUUUGGAGUCUUGUCCACUCUAGUGUUAACUUGGCUGUGUUGUCUCAGACCCUUUAAGUACUUUGCAGCAAUCACAACUUUGGGUCUUAUUGGGUAUUCUUAUACACCUGAAUUUGGUCAGUUUAUCCCAUUAAUCCUUGUAUAUCCUUUUAAAUGCAGUCCUCUGGUCUCCCCACAGACAUUCCAUGGGUUUCAAGUCUGGAGUUUGGCUGGGCCACUGAAGGAUUUCUACAGGCUUGUCCUGAAGCUACUCCAUCAUUGUCUUGUCUGUGUGCUUCAGGUCAUUGUUGUGCUGAAAGAUGAAUAUUCACCCCAGUCUGAGAUCCUAUGAGCUCUGGGUCAAGUUUUCUUCAAGGACCUCUAUGUAAUUUGCUCUGUUUGUCCUUCCCUCCAUCCUGACCGGUUGUCAAGUCCCUGCUACUGACUGACAUUACCAUAGCAUGAUGCUGCCAUCACCAUUAUUCACAGUAGGUGUGGUGUUCAAAGAAUGAUGUACAUUGUUAGGCUUGGUCUCAAAGUCUCCCGCAUGCUUUCUGGCAAACUCAAAAAGAAUGCCCAAACAAUGGUUUUCUUCUCCACUCUCCCUCGAAGGCCACUUUUGUAAAGCACCCAGGCUUUUGAUGCAGUAUGAGCAGUAGCUCCCACCUCACUUGUGGAAGGCUGGAACAUCUUUAGAGUUUCCAGAGGCGUCCAUGACUGGUACCCUAUUUGUCCAAAUAUUGAGGAUGGUCUGUUCUUUACAGAUUCACAUUUGUGCCAUAUUCUCUCCAUUUCUUAAUAAUGGACUUAACUCUGAUCCAUGAGAUAUUCAAUGCUUUGGAAAUGGUUCUUAUAUCAUGACUGGUAGAGAUGAACUGCUUGGCACUCAUGCUCGAUAUUGUUCCGAUCUUUUCGACUCUGCAUUGGAACAAUGGUCUGAGACGUUCUGAAACACUUCUUGUCACAUAACUCAAGGUGUCUGAGUGGUGUCUGAGUGGUUUGUCAUGUGAUCUUGAAUGAAACCUGUGAAGGUUGAAUGUCAACCACACAGAGAGAUAUUUGUGAGAUUACUGACAGAUUGUGAGAGUUGGCUGUGUGAUAAUUUUUCAUAAUUAGUAGUAACUUGUUUCAAAGAGCUUGUUGCAAAAUGCAGGUUUCAUAGUCAAAUAAAACUGGAAAGGCAAGAGAAUUAAAUGAUAUGAACCCUACAUUCUAAUUUCCCUUCUUAAUGUGCACACACACCAAAAUGAUUUUCCAAAAGUAUGUCAAAAUACAUUUGUAUGAACUUAAACAUCAGAUUUGUAUUUCUAAUCAGCAGAUGUCACUAUCGAGUUAAUGUUCGGAGCAUUUUAUAAAGCCUUGACACAAAUCAAUUGUCUAUCUGUUUCGGAAAGCACUACUGAUUGGUGUAUUUAAAGAACCUUAUAUUGGAUUUGCUUUGAACAUUCUUUUGUCUUCAUUAUGUACAUUUUGUUAGGAAUUGUGCUAACCGUGUGGCCUUCCAGAGACAGGUGUAUUUAACCAGAAAUCAUGUAAAACACCUUAAUUGGACACAGAUGGACCCCAUUCACCUAAUUACGUUGCUUCAAAAGACGAUUGCACAACAGCUCAUCCAUUUGUGUCAUAGAUGAAUGGACUAUUUUGUGUUGACUAGUGGCAAAAAGGUUAGGGAUCCUAAUUAAGUCUAUUUUAAUGUCAUGUUUAACUGCUGGUCAGGGGAAGUGGCAGAGCUAAGAUCCCCCUUGGUCUCAGUUUGAACAUAUGUGCAGGAGCUCAGCUCUGGUUGACUCCCAUCCAAUUUUACCCCUGGUUGUAACACAAUACAAUGUGGAGAAGUCCAGGGGGGUGAAUACUUUUGAGAGGCACUUUGUUAGCACAUUAUUUACAUAUCAGAGUACACUAUUUUUUUUCUGUUGUAAUUUAGCUUGACCACACUUCUUUCAAAACCAGUGGCCAAAACUCCCAGAAUGCAUCUCUGAUAUGCACUAACAACUUAGCUAGAGUGCUACUUAAUCCUAAAUUUAACCUAUAACGCAUAACCUUAACCCCUGCCUAGCUUUGGCCAGUGAAUUAUGUAAGUUAUGUUCUGGAAGGUUGUUCAUUCUAUUGUACAUUGGCCAGGAUGUUAAAGAAUUAAUAGAUAAAACAGCAAUCCAUUGUACACAAACAGUUGGGAAUAUUUUAGGUUUCUACAGAAGGGAGAAAAACUGAAAUAAUGUUUUUAUGGGAACAAAAAUUAUGGGAACAAAAAUGAAAAGGAUACAUUACCCAAAUGUCCGAUGAACACGUGGAUUCCAUUUUUAUAUUGUUGCGUCCAGUGUGAACUGGGCCAGAUUAAUAAAGUGGGGCCCAAGAACGUUUCUUUUGAUUGCCUCUUUUACAUAUUUUUUUACUGCUACCUUUGGAACUUUGGAAUUUGGGCAUCAAGCAAAUCAUGAGCCAAAUACACAACUCUGCAUUUGUUAUGACCAUAGACAUACAUUAAUAUUCUUCUAGGUAUGCCUCUAGAAGGUUUUUGGAACCAAUUUGACUUUAAAGCUCAUGGCAAUAUGUCAAUGUGAGCUAUGUCAAUGUGCACUAUGUCAAUGGCUGCCAGUCCUGUUUUGAAUGGAAACAGACAUAUUGGGAUGAUGUAGUUAGUUAACACUCUCAGUUUGUUUAUUGCAAAAAAAAAAUGCUUGAAAAACAAGAAAAAUACUAUAAUCUGUCUGUGGAAAAGGUUUAUUUAAAAGAAAAAGUAAAAUAAGACACCAGGCUAAUCAGGCUGUAGGUAUCCUAGUAGAUGCCAUAUACUUCCUUUCAUUGUGCUAAAAAUAGUUAGCACUUGUGCUAGCAUUAGUUUGAAAUUCCCUUCAAGCUUAUGUGCUAGCAGGGUAGCCUAGCAGUUCGAGCACUUAACCAGUAACCUAAACGUUGCUUGAUCAAAUCCUCCAAUAUUUUUUUUUUGUUGUGUUCCAAAAGAAAGUUAACAUUGUUUCUGUUGCUGAAAUGUUUCUGUAAUUAAGACUUUUUUUCACACUCAUACUUAACUGGUAAAGUAAGAAGAAAACUGCACGCAGUUGGUAUCUAUGAGUUAAUCUAAUUGCAGGGAAGUAGAUACAAAAGGUUAAUUACUGUACAUGCUGUACUUACAAUUAGAAAAGUUUAGUUAGAACUACAGAAGCGUUCUGAACAUUCUUUGAUGCAAUAAAAGGAGUGAGAGAAAUAGGGCCAGCCCAUAAGAGCAAAACUGCAUUGAAUGCUCUGCAUAACAUUGAAAAAAACAGACAGGAUAACAGGUAUCAUUGUAAUCAAAGAAGUUACGUUCUUGCAUUGUAUCGCUUUUUCCUGUAGGGGCAAGAUGAAAAAAAAAAACGAUCUGGUUAAUUUUAUCUGACCCUAAGUUCAGGGCCGUAGAAAAUUAUUUUAAUGGUAGAAACAUGAAAUCAGCUGAUAUAAUGGGGAAAUAGAGAUUAUUUGGCUGGUUCUAGUAUUCUAAACGUGGUUUGUUAUAGGCUAUUUUUCUAUUUUCUUUACAUGCAAGCUCUACUGUAGGUCAGUGGUUCUCAAAGUGUAAGCCACGAGUGUGAAACUGAAUAGGAAAAAUAAUUAUUUUUCAUACAUAUUUUAAAUGACUCUACAAAUAACUUUCAUUUAUAUUAUAUGUUUAUAUAUUUACCUAUUUAAUUUGAUUUCUAAAUAAGGCCAACUGCAAUAAAUGACUGUCUCAGAAACAUCACGUCUGUUCUUUUAAAGGCUCUAUUUGACAAUUUCUGUGGGUGCUUGUACUAUAUUUCUGAGAAAAACAUCUUGCUUGUUAAAGAUAAAAAUAUUCUGUGCAACUUUAUUAGUAUAAAAGAUGAUAAUUUUUUUUGGCUCGCAAUAUAGCUCAGUAUAUAUUUUUUUUACCAUCUGAUUUGCUCAUCUUAAUCAAUCAAGGGUAUCAAUGACUGUAAAAAUGUUGUCAAGUCCUCACAAGUACCAAUCAGUGAGAAGAACUGUUCUUCGUAACCACUAAUCAACAACUUUAUAACUAAAUCUUAUUCCCCCAUAAGACAGCAGCGGAUGUACUCCCCUCUCGGUUGAAAUAACCUUUCCCUUCUCUUUCCCAAACAUUCAUGGUCUGAAACUUGUGGAUCUAUGCAGAUGUCCUACCCCUGUCUGGACCUGUACACACUCAAGUUGUUCAACUUCAGUAAAAAGCGUUUGGCAAAAUUGUUGUGAUACAACUGACUUUGUUGAGCAUCUGCACCAGAAAUGUUUACACCACCUGUGCAAUCUCCACAAUGGUUGUGUAAUGACUUCUAUGCAGAAAAUGUCAACUGAAUUACAACUCUCAUGCAAUAUGCAAUGUACUCAAAUUGUACAACCUGAGUGUUCACUGGACUUCUUUUUGUUGUAAAUAUGUCCUAGAGAUAUGAGAUAUUCAAGAUGUCCACCUCUCUGAGAACUUUCUGUUACAUUUCUGUUAGCUUCUUCUGUUGAUUUUUCCUUCUUUUAAAAAUAUUUUUCUGUCCAUAGUCCCACAAACAAACAACAACUUAUGGCUUUAUAAUCAUUUAUGUAAUGCUUACAACAACUUUAUGUAUGCUUUAUAAGGCCUUUUUAAGUUGUACUUUGUUUAAAGAGGGACCGUGUUAAUAAAUGUCUACAGCAUUAAGUCAGAUCAGUAGGGGAAAGGUGUGAAAAGGUGUGAUUGCUGAUUGCAAGGACAAUUAUUAAGAAAAGGGUGGGAAUUAGGAUGAAAAGGGUAAAAAAAAUAUACACAGAUAAAUUAUUUAUCAUAGUAUUGUCAUACGAUAGAUGCUUUAGUUUGCAAUUAUCUUUUCUUUUUCUACAAAAGAGUUUGAUUAAAUAAUUUAUAAUGCAUCUCUGAAGUCAUCAUCUUUUUUGAACAUACUGUAAGAGAAAUACAGCCACAUUUAUUAAAUUUUGUUCAAAACAAAAUAAAUAGAACUUAUGUUAAA